UGGCGUAGUGGUUACUUCCCGUCGAGCUACCAUAGCAACAAGAGAGUGAGUGAGAGAAGAAGAAGAGGACUUGCAAUUGGAAAAGUUUGAAGUGAGGAGAGAUCGAGAGGAUCAUGGGCAUGGGGUGGAAAGUUGUGAGCGAUGUGAAGCCGUACCUGGCGAUGGUGCUGCUGCAGGUGGGGUUCGCCGGCAUGUACAUCGUCGCCGUGGCGUCGCUAAAGCGCGGGAUGAGCCACUUCGUGCUCGUCGUCUACCGUAACCUCGUCGCCACCGCCGUCAUGGCGCCCUUCGCCCUCUACUUCGAGAGGGGACUGAGGCCAAAGAUGACAAUCACCAUUUUCAUCAAGAUCAUGGGGCUCGCAUUCCUCGAGCCUGUGCUUGACCAGAACCUCUACUACAUGGGCGCGAAGCUGACCUCGGCGGGGUUCGCUGCCGCGCUGAUCAACAUCCUCCCGGCCGUCACCUUCGUGCUGGCGCUCAUCCUGCGCAUGGAGAAGGUGCGGCUGCGGAGCCUGCACAGCCAGGCCAAGAUCGCCGGCACGGUCCUCACGGUGGCCGGCGCCGUGCUCAUGAUCCUCUACCACGGCCCCGCUGUGCAGUUUCCCUGGACCAAGGGCCAGCAUCACGCCAGCGGUGCGGCCGCCGGCGCCGAUGCAGCGGCGUGGCUAAAGGGGACCAUCAUGGUCAUCGCCGCCUGCGUGGCCUGGUCGUGCUUCUUCGUCCUCCAGUCCAGCACGCUCCGGGAUUACCCGUCGGAGCUGUCCCUCACGGUGCUCAUCUGUGGUGUGGGCUCGGUGAUGAGCACCGGCGUCGCCCUCGUCGCCGAGCGUGCCAACACUCAGGCAUGGGUCAUCGGCUUCGACGCCCGCCUCUUCACCGCCGUCUACGCCGGCAUAGUGUGCUCCGGCGUGGCGUACUAUGUGCAGGGCAUCGUGUCUAAGCAAAGGGGCCCGGUGUUCGUCACAGCCUUCAACCCGCUCUGCAUGAUCAUAACCGCCGUCAUGGGCUCCAUCAUUCUCAAGGAGGAGAUCACUCUCGGAAGUGUGAUUGGUGCAGUGAUCAUCGUGGUAGGGCUCUACUUUCUCAUAUGGGGCAAGAGCAAGGACAACGUCAACCAAGUCCCCGACGACUUCGUAGCCGGUAGCAGCAAGGGCGCCGGUGAGCUGCCCUUAACCUCAGUGACUAACGGCAACGGCAAGCAGCACGAGCUCGGGAACGGCAAGUUCAACGGCGGCUAUGUGUUGAACGUCGAAACGCCGGCGAGCAAUGGCAACUAGGAGUACUAGCUAGUCAAGAGGUCGGACCAUAUGCCGAUCGAGCAGUCUGUCUAACUAUUUUCCUGGUAAUGCAUGCAUGCAUGGAGACGAAAUUUUUCUUCAUUUUUCUUCUUUUCAGCUUCUCCCCUGUCAUGUGAGAGAAUGAUCAGCGAGUGCUGGUUAUACCAAGUGUAACGGCCGAGACCGCAUGUACGUGUCGUGAUCGCUUGCUUAAUGUAACUUGAGAAUGCCUAAAACUCAUCUAGAUAAGAUAUAGUUUGGCCUUAUUCACCUGACAUUGACCUCAUCAUUGUUGUUAUUGUGGUUCAGUCACACGUGUUAUCCCUACACCAUCAACAUGGGCUGU